CACGCCAAAUCGAAUUACCAGAUCAAAGAUCGAAACGAUGGCGACUUCGCCGGCGGCGGCGGCGGUCGUCGACAUGAUCAACGGCCUCACCGACGACGUGCUGCUGCUAAUCCUCGGCUUCCUGCCGACGGCCAGGGACGUGGCGCGGACGUCCGCGCUGUCGAGGCGGUGGCGCCACCUCCCGGGCCUCGCCCCCGCGCUCCGUUUCGCCGUCUGUCCGAGCGUGAUCUGCCCGUACGACAUGAUCAGUGCCAUGGGCGCCGCCAUCGCCGACGCCCGCCGCCUCGCCUCAGCCGUGGACAGCGUCCUCUCGCGGCGCGACCGCUGCGACGAGCCCGACGUGAAGGACCUGGAGAUCUCCUUUGUCUACCGCGCCGUCGGCGGCGGCGGCGGCGGGGCCGACGCCUUCCGGUACGACGGCGACUCCUUCCGCGGGUUCUGGAUCUUGUACAAAUGCAAGGGGGAUGCGGUCACGCAGGCGCGGGUCGACGCGUGGCUCGGCUUCGCCGGGCGCCGCGUCACGGGGACGUUCGCGCUCGAGCUGACGCCCAUGGCCGUCGCGAGUCGUCUCCGCGUCGAGAUUCCUCGCUCGGAGAGGCUCGAGGCGAUCCGCCUCGUGCUCGCCGGCCAGGUCCUCAGGCUCCCGGACGCCGCCGCCGACGGCGCCUUCAGCUCUCUCACGGACGUCCUGCUCGGCCACGCCCAUCUCCUCCACCACAAGGGCGAUGACCUCCGCCUCGGCCAGCUCCUCUCCUCCUCCUGCUGCCCUCACCUGCGGAGGCUGCAGCUCAUGGACCUCGCCGGCCUGGUCUACCUGCGCCUCGACGCCGCCGGCACGCUCGAGGAGCUCCGGCUCAUCAACCUCGGCCUGAACUGGAUGCAGGUCGACGCGCCCGGCCUCCGGAAGCUCGCCGUCGUGAACACCCGCCUCCACCUGGCGACGGCGGCGACGGUCUCCGCGCCGAGGCUGCAGGAGGUGACGUACGAGUACGACGACCACCGCCGCGGCGGCGUUCGCCACCAGAUGGUGCUCGACGGCAACGGCGCCGCGAGGCUGCGCGUCUUGUCCCAUGGCGUCCCCGGCACCGACAACAACCGCGCCGCCGCGUGGUUCCUUCGGCAUUUCGCCGGCGCCGCGGAUCGCCUCGACGUGGGAUUGGAGAUGGAUUUCGACAAGGGCAAACUGGAUGACAUACCAAAUCUUGCACACAUAAUCGACUUGAGAAUAAGAGUGUCCAUCUCCCCGGACACCACAGGUACACAUUCCAUUGGAGCAAGCGUGUCCAAGCUGAUUGCAAAGUGCAGCAGAAUUGAACACCUCGCCAUUGACAUCGACGAGAAGGCUGGCGAUUGUAUACUUUUGGGCUGCAAAUGUGGCCACAACACGGGGUGGCAGAACGAGGUGAUUUCACUGGAGCGCCUCCGGACCGCGGAGAUCCAUGACUUCGCGGCAUUCGACGACCAGAUCGAACUCGUGUGCGCUCUGAUUUCGAGCUCGCCGGCGCUGGAGAAGAUGACCGUGGCAUUGCCACUGCCGUAUGUGGAGGAGAGGGAGCGGCAAGACGGCGAGAGGGUGUUCCUCAGCGUCCCGUACUGUGGUGGUCGCUGGACGCCUUGUGCUCGAAAUCGCCGUGCAAGAGGAUUUGGUAGCUUUACUCAAUACGAGUGGACACCAUUGAGGCUAUGAGAUGAGAGCAACUGGAUGGGAAGGUCUGAAAGGUUUUAUUGUGUUCCAAGCUAGUAUUGAUCAGUAUGAAGUGUGUUUUUUGUUGGUCUCAUCAAAUUAUGUCGAUUAAACUGUUUAAUUCUAAGUUAUUUAAUUAGAUCAGAUUUGAACUCGGCUUGUGGACCGUUAUCGCAUACUCCCUCUGAGUUUUCUUAGCUUUACGUCAUUGACUUUUGAAUCAAAUAUUCUACUGUA